ACUCACUCAGGUCAAGUCUGGAGAUAAUGUCACCUUGGUCUGCACUGCCGCCCACACCACCAUCAACAUGUCAAUUACAACAUGGUUUCGGAAUGAAGCUCGAGUUUUGAAUAUAUUGAGUGGAAACAAUGACUGCUUUAUUCACCCACCCAACUAUACAGACAAUACUGCUGGGUAUCGUUAUGACCUGUACUCAUCAAAGGGUGUCAGUGUAAGCUGUACUACUUUCCAGCACAACCUGACACUAACUACAGCUAAAUACUUGGAAGCUAGGGACGUGUGGAGAUGUAGAGAUCAAAACUUCAGAAGUAGUAACAACCUUACGUCAGUUUUGAAUGUAGACUUCUCAGGCUCUGUCUCUGAGUCAACUCCACCACUCACUGAUUCAUCAACAACGUUGGGAAUAUCUACAUCAAAGAAGACAACUCCUGACACUAACACCGAUAAUGAAGGCGACAUAAUGUACAUAACGGCUUGGACUGUAGGUGGCUCUGUGUUCCUCGUUAUCAUUGUGGUCUGUGUAUGUGUUUUAAGGAAGAAAAGAAAGCGGAAAGUCACAGAAGAUAUAGACGUGUCACUGGGUGUGGUUGCUGCACCUGUGUACGACACUUUGACUCACGAUGCCAGUGACGACCCUUGUUACACCGGGAUCAGGAUGGGAGAUGCUGGACAGUCCGGCACAAAUGUCAUAGAUGUUUACUACAACACGGUACCUAAUGCUGACUACGAAAACCCACCUUUGAGAACAUAGUGAUGUCAAAAUACUUUUUGUAAUCAGGUUAUAUGCAUCUUUAAGCGUUUCUGGCAUUGUUUUGUCAUUCUUUAGCAGGCUUAUUGCUUGUGUACCCACCACGAAAACUAACACUCUCCUGAACGGUGUUUGAGUUGCGAAUACUACCUGAAGAUCAUGACAUGCGUACCGUUUCCCCUAACACCAAGUAUCAGUGCUUGUUUUAGUGAUCACUUCAUGAAGUUUUGACCAUAACUGUGGCUCUCUCUACUCAAUACUGAGUGUUAUUGUCGAUUUCCUCUAAACAGUUUACACUGAGUUAUCGGUUGUGCAAACACCGCGUAUGCUUAAUUCCAUUUGAUGUUAUUUGUUCGGUUGUAGUUAAACGCCGAAAUCAUCAAUAGGUGUUGUGGGAAUAAUUGAGUUUGGACAAACCAUCCAGUGGUGGACAUCACGAGCGUCAAUCUACGCAGCUGGAAUACGAAGACCUGGAUCAAACAAUUUAGCGAACCUGACGACAAGCAUGGGUUACUUAAGAGCAAUUCUAAUCCGUAUCUUUACAGGUUCAACAUGAUUUGAAAACGUGGACGGCUGUUUGUUGGGAAUGAAUGACUGAGUAUUGACACAUCACAAUAUGCUUCCGAGAAUGUUCUGCAACUAGCUUUGUGACGUUUUGUUUCUGUUUUGUUUCUAUUGUAUGAUUAUUAGAUUACUGUACUGUAUAAAUAAAUCAUCAAUCCUUUUUA